AUGCAUCUCCGCCGCGAACACGCAGUCCACGACCUCCCAACAUUACACACCUUCAUCCGCGCCCAUCCCCUCGGCGUCCUAACAACCUCAUUACCCUCGGCAACUUUUCCUACCUUACAAUGUAGCCAUAUACCCUGGGUUCUGGAUACAGACACAACAGGCCCAGACUCGACAUCUGAAAAUGAAUCCGGAUUAAACGAACCGUCUAGUUCAUCCACUGCCACUACGCACAACCCCUCUUCUUGCCCCCUAGGCGUCCUACGCGGCCACAUCGCCCGUGCAAAUCCACAGGCUGCCGCUAUGAUCGAAGCCGUCACGGAUACUCCUUCCGCUAGUGUGAAGGGCCAAUACGAUUCUCUCGGUUCUGCAGAUCAAGUCCAGGACCAAGACCAGGACAAGGGUCGGGACUCGGGGUAUUACCUUCCAGGCGAAGUCUUGAUUAUCUUCACCAGCCCUGUCGAUCACUAUAUCACGCCGCAUUUUUACACUGCGGCUAAAGCUGCUGCUGCUGCUGCUGCUGCGACUACUGGUGGUUCUGGUGCUAGUGGUGGAACGGGUAAAGCUAGGAUUGCACCGACGUGGAAUUACGCUGCUGUACAGGUGUACGGGCGUAUGCGUGUGUACCAUGAUUCCAGUGCUGAAGAAACGGGGCUAUUUCUGCAGAGACAGUUAUCUGAUUUGGCGAAGCUGGGGGAGGAGGGCGUUAUGGGGUUUACCGAAGACGAGCCUAAUACUGAUGGGGAGGGACAGGGGAAUAGUACUGGCAGUGGUGGCGGUACUACUCCGUGGAAACUCGACGACGCACCAGAAAAAUAUAUCGCCAUUUUGAAGAAGAAUAUCGUUGGGAUGCAGGUCGAUAUUACCCGUGUGGAGGGGCGAUUCAAGGUUAGUCAGGAGAGGCCGGUCGGGGAUCGGGAUGGGGUUGUGGAUGGGUUGGAGGGGAGGGGAGGGGGUGUGGCGAGGAGGAUGGCGGAGUUUGUGAGGGAUGGGCGUGUUGUAUAG